AGCGCUUUGCCUGUGGCUCAGACAGAGAGGAGGCGUGCGAGCUGUCAAGAGGGCUCCAGCAGGAACCGCAUCACUUGACAAUAGCGGUGAAGAGGCAAUAACUUCACACAAGUUGGCGCCGUGUAGUUUUAUCGCCCCAUCCCCUUUCCUCCAUAAUGGCUGAUCACCAUUUACAUUAUAACGACUCCGCUGGUGUUGGCAACAGAUUCGCCCGCAAAGGUGCUUUGCGGCAGAAAAACGUGCACGAAAUCAAAAACCACAAAUUCACCGCUAGGUUUUUCAAGCAGCCGACCUUCUGCAGCCACUGUACGGACUUCAUAUGGGGAUUCGGCAAACAAGGGUUCCAAUGCCAAGUGUGCUGUUUUGUAGUUCACAAACGCUGCCACGAGUUUGUAACCUUCUCCUGUCCCGGAGCUGACAAAGGUCCCGACACAGACGAUCCCAGAAGCAAGCACAAGUUCAAGAUACAUUCCUACGGCUCUCCCACUUUUUGCGACCACUGUGGCUCACUGCUCUACGGCCUCAUUCAUCAGGGCAUGAAAUGUGACACCUGCGACAUGAACGUGCACAAGCAAUGCGUGGUCAACGUGCCAAGCCUGUGCGGGACAGACCACACAGAGCGCCGGGGUCGCCUCUUCCUCAAGAUUGAGGUCAGCAGCGACAGGCUACAUGUCACAGUGGGCGAAGCGAGGAACCUGAUCCCUAUGGAUCCAAAUGGUUUAUCGGACCCCUAUGUUAAACUCAAGCUCAUCCCCGACCCGAAGAACGAAACCAAACAGAAGACCAGGACAAUCCGUUCAUCCCUGAACCCGUGCUGGAACGAAUCCUUCACCUUUAAGUUGAAAGUAUCGGACAAGGACCGCCGUCUGUCCAUCGAGGUGUGGGACUGGGACAGGACCACGAGGAAUGACUUCAUGGGCUCCAUGUCGUUCGGAGUGUCCGAGCUGAUGAAAGCACACACGUGUGGAUGGUACAAGCUGCUCAACCAAGAGGAGGGCGAGUACUACAAUGUCCCCAUCCCGGAGGUGGAUGACGUGGAUUUGGAGCUCCGACAAAAGUUUGAGGCCUGCCAGUUAAAUAUCCACUAUCUCAAGAAAGCCAAGCUGGGCCACGGAAAGAAAGUCAUCACGCCUUCGGACCACCGGCGCUUCAGCCUCCCUUUGGGCAACGCCGAGCGUUUGCGUCUGAGCGACUUCAACUUCCUGGCCCUGCUGGGGAAAGGCAGCUUCGGCAAAGUGAUGCUGGCCGAGAUGAAGUCCACAGAGGAGCUGUACGCUAUCAAGAUCCUGAAGAAGGAUGUGGUCAUCCAGGACGACGACGUGGAAUGCACCAUGGUGGAGAAGAGGGUGCUGGCGCAGAGGGACAAACCGCCAUUCCUCACGCAGCUCCACUCCUGCUUCCAGACCGUGGAUCGCCUCUACUUUGUGAUGGAGUACAUCAACGGGGGAGACCUCAUGUAUCAUAUCCAGCGAAUGGGCAAGUUCAAGGAGCCGCAGGCCGUUUUUUAUGCAGCCGAGAUCGCCGUUGGGCUAUUUUUCUUACACCGGAAAGGAAUUAUCUACAGGGACCUGAAACUGGACAACGUCAUGCUGGACUCGGAGGGCCACAUCAAAAUCGCCGACUUUGGCAUGUGCAAGGAGAACAUGUAUGAAGGCAUGUACACGCGCACCUUCUGCGGCACGCCCGACUACAUCGCACCAGAGAUUAUAGCCUACCAGCCGUACGGAAAGUCAGUGGACUGGUGGGCAUAUGGUGUUCUGCUGUAUGAGAUGCUGGCAGGACAGCCGCCAUUUGACGGGGAGGACGAGGAUGAGCUCUUCCAGUCCAUCAUGGAGCACAAUGUGUCCUACCCAAAGUCCAUGUCCAAAGAAGCCGUGUCCAUCUGCAAAGGCCUGAUGACCAAACAUCCUUCGAAGCGCCUCGGGUGCGGGCCCGAGGGGGAGCGGGACCUCCGGGAGCAGGCCUUCUUCCGACGCAUUGAUUGGGAACGACUGGCCAACAGAGAGAUACAACCACCGUUCAAGCCCAAAGUGUGCGGCAAGGGAGCAGAAAACUUUGACAAGUUCUUCACGCGCACGCAGCCCAUGCUGACCCCGCCGGACCAGAUGAUGAUCGCCAACAUCGACCAGAGCGAGUUUGCCGGCUUCUCCUACGUCAAUCCGCAGUUCACCCAUCCGUCGCUGCACAGCGUGGUAUGAGCCAACGCCGCCUCGGACCGGCCGGCUCCCCCCACAAAAAAAAACAAACAAACAUACCCACAACCGUUUCACGUAAUCCUUUGUCCGCAAAGUUCAGACAUCUUGGUAUUACUUCUGUAUACUGUGCGCAGAUGGGACUGAGGAGCACACUUGGGGUUAGGAGGGGGGCGUGUGCUGCAUCAACCACCGCUUCCCUAAUCUGCACACUCACUCCUUAUGCUUCCCCCCAACCCCACCCUCCUUUGUCCUGCAAUGAGCUGCAAUGCACGACAAGAACAGCUAAUAUAUAUUUGCUGGAUUUCAAAAACAAAAGGCACGAAAAUGUGCACACCAGUGCCAAAGUACGAGCGGUUGAAUAUUAUAACCAGUCGCAGUUGGUGUUAAUUGAGUCGAUCCUAACCCCCUGCUCCCUCCAGAGCAGACUUCUGAUUUUUGGUUCUUUUGUAGACGACGCCACGUGAAGGUGACAGGCGACAGUGUUAGCCAGUUUAGUUUCAAGAAGCUAUUUCCAUAUGCACAAAGCUGUUCCGUGCUUAUGUUUCCGACUGUGCGAGCAUUAGGAAUCCCGUACUACUCCGUGUCAAGUUGAGCUCUCAAAAAAAUGUUUGAUUCCACCAAGGGUUUGUCAUGUUUGUCGCAAGUCCGCCUUCCCCGUUUCUUGUAAAUAUCUUCCCGCGUAAAAAGAGGUUUUAUACUAAAAACUGAAUGUGUUUUUUCGAAGAUUUCUAUGUUCCGAUGAACCCCUCCCUCUGACCCCACCUUUCCCUUGCCGUCCCCAAGGUGAAAUUUGGCUUUGCGGUAAUGUUGAAACUCUUUACGCCCUGUAGUAGUGCUUCUCAAGAUUUUUGCACAAAAUACCAUCUAAAAAAUAAGUACCAACGAUCCUGGCCGAUGUUAAAAUACAGUAGCGUUGUCGGCCUAAAGAGUCCCAGAAAGUAUAUUAAUUACAGUGGUGCCUUGAGAUACGAGUUUUACGUCGCAUUAUUUUUUUUCACUUUGAUUUAAGAGCACAGACUUGAGAUAUGAAUGCUUUAAGGUGGCAGUGAAUUGCUCAACAAGAAUUAGUAAUUUGGAAGACUGAACAAUUAUUCAAAAAUGGCCCCCCUAAGUUUCGUGUCAAACUAAACGUAAAGCAAAGGAAAUUACACAUGAUGUAUUUAAAAUAACCACAUUACAUUGUCUUUAAGUCUGUUAGCUAAAUGCUAACACAUGAUAUGAAAUGCCAUAGGUACACUAACAUAUAACAUCGAUGUGGUGAUGAUAGACCGCUUUGAGGAACAGAUUUUUUUAAGCACAAACAGUGCAGCAACACAUAUAGACAGACAAUAUUCAUAGGCUUGUAUUUUCGAUUGGAUGCAAAAAAAAAAAACCCCAACUCCAGUGAUUCCUUGCUAUUUCAUGGUUCGUUUAUCGCCGCUUCAGUGCAUCGCGGAUUUUUUCAAACAUACUGUAUUCAUAUUUUAUUUUUUAUUUUUUUAGUCCGCAAAAGGUCCGCGAGAAGCAGCGAAAGUUAGCAAAAUGACAGCCAGUCACAUAGAGCAACAUAUACAGUACUACGUGUAUAUUUUUACUGUAUUUUGUUAUUCAUAAACUAACCUAACUUAUACAUGUUUAAAUCUAUUAGUAUACAGCAUUAAGUCAUGCUAAUUACUUCAAAAUUUACUUCUACAUGCAUGCAUACCAUUAAAUUUGGCCUGAUAAAUAUUAUGUACAUGUAUCU